CGGUCCUGCUGUGCUGACAUGGACGUCACCAUCCAGCAUCCCUGGUUCAAACGGGCUCUGGGGCCCUUCUACCCUAGCCGGUUGUUUGAUCAGUUUUUUGGUGAGGGCCUCUUUGAGUACGACCUGCUGCCCUUCCUGUCCUCCACCAUCAGCCCCUACUACCGCCAGUCCCUCUUCCGCACCGUGCUCGACUCCGGCAUCUCCGAGGUCCGGUCUGAUCGGGACCAGUUCCUCAUCCUCCUGGACGUGAAGCACUUCUCCCCUGAGGACCUGACUGUGAAGGUGCAGGAUGACUUUGUGGAGAUCCAUGGCAAACACAAUGAGAGGCAGGAUGACCACGGCUACAUCUCCCGUGAGUUCCACCGCCGCUACCGCCUGCCCUCCAACGUGGACCAGUCUGCACUCUCUUGCUCCCUGUCUGCGGACGGCAUGCUGACCUUCUGUGGCCCCAAGAUCCAGUCUGGCAUGGAUGCCAGCCACAGUGAGAGAGCCAUCCCCGUGUCCCGGGAGGAGAAGCCCAGCUCUGCACCCUCGUCCUAGGUGUGGCGGCAGGCUGGGCUGCCACACUUGCAGCCCCCCCUUACACAUCAAUCCCGGGGAGACCGUAGAAAAGACAGGGUGUUUGUUCUUCCUCUGCUUUCCUUUCCUUUGUUUCUUUUCCAUCUUCUCAAAUGGGUUGAGGUUUGAGAGUAGCCAGUAGAGCUUGGGAUCUUGGCUAGAGGUGCCGUGACCCUCAAGGUGACCCAAAUCCCAACA